AUGCUGAUGGCCUUGCCCACCAGCGGGCAGCCUGGCGGCCUUCUUCUCGCGCCUGUGGACUUGAUCUUUGGGGACAACAAACUCACGGUGGACCGCGCCAGUCUCGAAACCUGGUUCAAAACAGUCGGCAAAGAUGUGUGCCCUUUGUCUGGAGCGUUGAUAAGGGAUUGGAUCAUUGUGAAGCCCAACAAUUCCCUGAAAGAUCGCAUCAAGGAGUGGGCUCGACGGCAGAUGCUCGAUUUGGAUGCCAUCGAAGUGGCUGCGCUGAAGCUUCGAAGACAAUCGGUUCUUGGGCAGCAAUGGGAGCUGGGUGGGCGAAGAGACACCUUUAAAGAGCAGCACGGCGGAGCUCGGACGGACAGGGAAAUGAGGCUCUCACAGAGCUGCGAGGUGGACUGGCUCCUGAGCGACCCCAUCUCUUGA